UGGGGAAGAUGCAGUAACUCGAUUCCCGCAGAAGCCUUUAUGUAGGAAGCGAGGCGCUCUACCACCAUGCACUUGUUCCAGAAUUAUCUUAUCAACGGCUCGAAAGAGGUCGAGAACAGUGCGAGGAGUUAAUCAGGCGCUGAGCAGACCGAGCUUGAAGGACCGUCUCCCGCUCGUCGCGGGGCCGAAACUGAAUGAACCGUGGUGCCCAUUCUGGAAGUCAAAGAAACAAAGAGACAGGUCAUGCGCCCGACACUCCAGCUUUGAUAUCAAGCAGUUGCUCAGCUUUGGUAGAUCAGCCAAAUCUUGUCCUUCGAAAUGGUAGUGAAAAGCUGUAGCGUUGCAGUGCACCGCCACCGGCCAUCAUCACAGGCGGCGUCUGUCGUUCUUUGUUGCAAGUUUCUAGUUCUUUUAGGCUCUUUCCUUGCCCCUAUGCACAACGUUUCCCAAUCCUCCAUCUCGCAGCACACUUGAGCGAUGGAUUUCAACUUCAAUGAUUAUCUUGACGACAUGGUCCCAACGCCCGCCUUGUCUCCAUCGGCUGUGCGGAAGCCAAGGGAAGCACCAGCCUUCUUAGUCCGGCCGGAGGAGUUUGCGCUGGGAUCAUCUCAGGCGCAUAUCUUUCGCGAGUACUUCAGGACGACGGUUUCCAAGUCAUGUUUGAAGCUCCAGUUCGAAGCAGGGCAACUUUUCUUCCGCCUCUCUUUCGAGGAUGCACCGACACCGAAUCCUGUCCCAGUCUUACAGGCGGUCGCUUCGACAGACGAUAUCACGACGGUCAAGCUCGUCAAAGGAACGCGUGAACACCCACAUAACAAGCUCAUCUUCACCUUUCGGCGCCCGCCCCUCGUCGAGGCGGACUUCCGCUACCUCAGGGAUAGCCCACCGGGCCUCAAGACGCGUCGUGCGACGGAGCUCGAUUGGAGUCCCGACGAGAUAGAUGAGUUUGGCGCGGGUGCACCAGGGACGGUGGCGCGUGGAUUCUGGACGCGCACGCCGAUGAAGUUCGGCUUGUGGCUGACGUACGGGUUCACGUUCAUCUGCAAUCGCGCGGAACUGGAGCGUGUGACCACGGCACUCUCUCGGCUGCGCACCCUGGAACGCACUCGCGGAGAGAAGAUGGAGUUUGAGAACUCUGGGCUGGGAGGGGACGUUGUGAACGGCACUGAGCGCAGAGGAUGGCUUCGCGACGACCCGGCUCCACCUCUGGACGACCUCCUGGCGAUACAGAAGCAUCCCUUCAAUGUGCGGUACCUGGUCAUGGGACUCGUCGGACAGGGGCUCCUACUGGAAUGCGAAGUGGCAAACCUCUUCCAUCUGCUGCUUCCCGUCCACAAGCACCACCGACCUACCAUCCUGCGGGCCCUCUUCCGACUCGACCGUCGAGUCCUCGUAGGCAGCGGGCUAGCUAAACAAGUGGGUGCACUGACACGACACCUCGGCGACCCGCAACCCCCCAUCCACAAGCUGCCGGGUGGACGAUUUGCGAUCAUGCGUGUUGUCGUGACACCUACGCGUGUCAUGCCGUUCCCUGCCUCCAUCGAGACGGGCAAUCGCGUGCUGAGGGCGUGGCCGGACGAGGUGAUCGAUGGCAGGAUCAUACGAGUUGGCUUCGCGGACGAGGAUGGGCGGAUGAAGAUGAAGAAAGCUCUCGUCGAGGCCGAGGAAGUGGAUCCUGAUCGUGGCCUGCUUGCCCGUGUUCACAAUGUUCUCGUCAAUGGGGUGUGGGUGGCUGGCAGACUCUACGUUUUCCUUGCAGCUGGCGAAUCUCAGCUCAAGGACCAUUCCUGCUGGAUGGUGUGUGAAACGGGUGCGUUCACUGCUGACGCUGUGCGUAAGCAGAUGGGAGAUUUCUCCAAGGAGCAGGUUGUGGCCAAGUAUGCGGCGCGCAUGGGCCUCUGCUUCAGUGCCACCAAGCACGUCGUACAACUCGAUAUGGGUGACAUUGAGGAUCUGCCGGACGUCACUCACGGCAAGUACACCUUUACAGAUGGCGUCGGGAACUGUAGUCAGGCGCUGGCAAGCCUGUGCGCCAAGGCACUAGGAAAGAUAGCAGAGCCAUCUGCAAUCCAGAUUCGAAUGGGCGGAAUCAAAGGCGUUCUUUCUGUCCACCCGCAUCUCGAGGACAAUCAAGUGUGCAUCCGCCCGACGAUGCGGAAAUUCGACUCCCCGUUGCGCGAUCUGGGGGUGAUGAAGGUGUCGGGGUUCGCGCCAGCCCAUCUGAAUCGCCAGGCCAUUCUGAUCAUGGAGGCACUCGGGACGAACAUCCGUGCGCUUCUCGGCAAGUUCAAGGAGCAGAUCCACCACGCCAACAACCUCGAAAACGACCUGCGCAGUCUCACGCCGGCACGUUAUGGUACUCGGAAGCUAUACCAGAACGCGAUGAUCCCGAUCGCGAAGAUGUUCAAAGCGGGAUUGGAGAAGCAUGUCCUGGUCAAGAAUGUGCUACGUUGCAUCAAGUGUCAGCUGCUGCGUGACUUGAAGUACCGGGCGCGCUUGUUGGUGCCCGAAGGCGCGUUCCUGAUGGGAAUUGCCGACGAAUACGAUGUUUUGGAAGAAGGACAAGUGUAUUGUGCGAUCACACCCACGAACGGUGCACGACGAGUGAUCACCGGCCAGUGUACGAUAUUCCGUUCGCCCUGCAUCCAUCCCGGCGACGCGCGUUUGGUCCAAGCAGUCGAUCACGAAGCCUUCCACAAAUACCCGCUUACUAAUGUCAUCGUAUUCAGCACGAAGAAAAGCAAGCGGGACUUGCCGUCCAUGCUGGGAGGUGGAGACCUGGACGGAGACUUCUAUACCCUCAUCUAUGAUAAAGAGCUGCAAAUCACUCGAGAGCACGAAGCUAUGGACUACACCCCAGUCGUGCCGUUGAGGAAGGACAGAAUCGCGAUUUCCGACGUCUGCCAAUUCGUCGUCGGUAAGCAGCCAAUCGAACAGCUCCAUGAGCUCAUGCCAUGCGCCCAGACUUCAUUCGGAGCGAUAUUCUCGGGCUGGUCGCCUCCGACAUCAUGGCACUCUCGGACCAUCUCGGGCCCACCCAUCCAGACUGCCUCGAACUCGCCAAAAUCAAUUCCGACGCGGUCGAUUUCGCUAAGUCGGGUGUGCCUGUGCACCAGCCAUCCCAUCUGCGUCCCACGCAUUUUCCCGAUUUCAUGGACAAGGACCCGCUCCGAUCGUACAAGAGCACUCACGUGCUGGGGAUGAUGUUCCGGCUGAUCGAGCCUGCGCCGACGUACGAGGGCUCGGAUGAUGUCCAUGUCGAGAGACGAUUUACGACGCGCAAGGUCCCGCCGACCUAUCUCAAGUUUGCGGGCGAGAUGAAGCAGACCUACGACGUGGAGCUGGAAGGGAUGAUGAGGCAGCACAGCCUGUGCGAGGCGGAGAUCAUCGCUGGCGUUUCUAUCAUGAACGAGCACAAACGCCGGCGGGCAGCCGACGAUGCCAUGCGGGGCCCCGUGCGGGAGGGAAUCGAGGCCCUCCGGUAUCAGUUUCGCCGCGACGCGCGGCGCUUCGUGAAGGACAAUCCUUCAGGGAACGCCAUGGAAAACUGGGCACUGGCGUGCUACCAAGUCACACAUGUGGCGGAGUUCCGGCAGCGCUUCGUCGAUGCGCUGAAUCCGAGUCGGCUGGGGUCGGCCGGGGUCUCGAGCGUGGGUGGGUACGCCAGCGACGACGACGACGACGAGGAGGAGCAGGUGUACGGCGAGGUGAAGCGGAGGGAGCUGGUGUCGUUUCCAUGGAUCUGGGCUGAUGAGCUGUGCCAUUCAGUGUCGGAGAAUGUAAUCAAAGAAGAAGACGAGGAGGACGAGGAUCUGCUGGAAGCCUGGCGCAGCCCAUGGGACGAUGCCGACGAGGACAACAACCGUGCUCACCCCACGGACGGGCCUCAGGUGGUUCUCAAGAAGGAGGAGGAGGAGGAGAUCGUGAUCACAGGCCAUAAACCCGGGCGGGAGGUGAUAGUUCUAGAUGACGAUUAGUUGUGAGCCCCUUUGGCCUGUCCAGUUUGCAAACACACCGCUAUGUGUGGUCGGCAUUGCCUUCACGAGAUGCGAGAUCUGCAGUAUCACCGCUAAAACUGCAUCCCUAGAGCAGCCGGGCUCGUCAUCCUCGUCAUUCUCUUCUCCAUGCCCGCAGACUAGGUCGUAUUCGUCAGCAGGGGAUAAUAGGACCGAAUCCAGGGAAUUCGGGCCCACCAUUAUGCGCGCGCCGUGCCGAACUCCGAAUGAGAUCUUCUCGCUGUUGCGUCGAUUUCGGAUUGGAGGCCGCUUGUGUGUUCAGUCGGCUGGUCUCGACGCUGAACGUGUGCAGGGAUAACCGACAGUUCAUACUGUAUCUUUGCAUGAGCCUCGUGCGCAGUUUGCCAAGAGAGCCAGUCAUGGAGAGGAUAGAUCUCAAACGGCGACAGUGGAUUGGAGCAACCUGCUUUCCAUGGAUGUUGAUACCAGCCGGAGCUGAAACUUGUCGCCUUACUAGUACAACAGAAGUAUUACGUUACAGACUAUUCACGAUGGCUUGAAGCUCGUCCAAUGCCUGGUCUGUAAGCCCCAUCCUCGAGUCAGGACCGAGGACCGCGCAGACAUCUGCGUCGUCGCCCUCGUCCCCCACACAAUCCAUGACAUACCGCAGCUUCCUCCCCGAGGCAUAGGCGGUGUACACCAGGGCAAUCGCCAGCACCGCGCGCACCGGACCCGCAAGCAGCACGCGGACCGGAUCCGUGCGGGACUCAUACACCGGCGGCAGCCCCAGCUGCUCAAAGGGGUAAGCGUCGCCCAGAUCGACGUCGUCCCCGUCGUCCGAGAGCGAGACGGUGGUCGAGUAGUACGGCAGCGCCAGCGCCAGGAAAUCGCGCGCCAGCAGCAGAUGCUCGCGCCGCAGCGGCAGGCCGCCGUCGCGCGCCCGCGCGUCGAUGUUGCGCGGGCGCUCGAACAGGUCCAGGACCUGCGCCGGGCCGAGGUCGGAGAUGCGCAGGCUGCCGGGCAGGUGCGCCUUCGACGCGCGCAGGAUGCGCACGGCGUGCGUCCAGUUGCCCGCAGGCAGCGCCGCGCUGUCCGUGGCAAACGCGUGCGGCUGGUCGAAGGCGCAGAGGGUGUGCAGGUGCGGAAUGAACUGCCGCGCGGACGGCCCGG